AUUAUCGAUCUACAACGUUCAAUCAAUUUAUUAAACGAACGACGAGUUUGUAAAUUUAGAGUAUUUGAAAUUGCAACACCAAUACUUGAUAUAUUUAUUUAACCGAUGAAUACUUUCACAGCUUUGAAUUUUUGUAGGCAAUUGUUGAUAGAUUAGGAUUAACAUACGUGGGCAUUAGUGAUGUUGUAGGGGAUUUUAGAGCAGUUUAGAGCUGUUGAUGUUGAUAUUUGUGAAUGCAUUUAAGGGGUGAUAGUUGGCUUUUUUGAAGCGGAUUCAUAAAUUGGGUGACCAAUUUUUUCGAGGUAACCCCUAUUUUUUUCAACUGUUGAACAAUAAAAUAAUUCAACCAAUUGCUUUUUUCAAUCCCUUGAUAAAAUUUAUGAAGCGAAUUUUUUGAAUGAUUGUCGAAUAACUGAAAUUCAUAUCAACACCAGUUGAAUAAUUCCUCGAGCCAAAUUUUGUUGACCAGCAGCAGUUGAAAAAUCGUAAACCAAUACCAAUUGUUCUCAACCUUCAACCCACAAGAAUAUAAUUUUUCUACACAAAAAGGAAAAGAAAAAUAUAAAUUAUCAAAAAAUUUAUCAAAAGAAAUUCAGGACCGAAGUAAUUGAAUAAAAUCUUGCAUAUCUGUGAGUAAUAACGCUUUAAUCGAACAAACCGUGAGAACAAUAAAUCGAGCAAUUAAACAAUGGCAACGAGAAAAAAAGUACUCCUGGGCUGUACGGGGAGUGUUGCAACGAUUAAACUACCCGUGCUAUGUGAAAAAUUACGAGAGCACAAUAUCGAUAUUAAAAUAGUGGUGACGGAGAGGGCUAAGCAUUUUCUCAAGGACGCUGAACUUCCUCAGGAUAUACCAGUAUUAUCGGAUACUGUAGAGUGGGCUGCAUGGCAGGAUCGAGGCGAUCCUGUACUUCAUAUUGAUCUUGCCAAAUGGGCUGAUUUAUUUCUCAUUGCUCCAUUAGAUGCCAAUACUAUGGGAAAACUCGCUUCUGGCAUUUGUGAUAAUAUACUCACCUGCGUUGCUAGAGCCUGGGAUCCUAUUAAGCCACUGCUAUUCUGCCCUGCCAUGAACACUAAAAUGUGGGAGCAUCCCGUUACUGCACCUCAGGUGGCUCUACUCAAGUCUUGGGGAUACAAGGAGAUUAGCUCCAUCACAAAGACACUUAUGUGCGGUGAUACUGGUGUUGGGGCAAUGGCUGAAGUCGACACUAUCGUCCACACAACGCUCAGAUCUCUCAAUCCCUGGGAUCCAUAUUCACCACCUGAUUUACGCCACAAGAAGUAAUUGAAAAAAAAAUCACCGAAAAAUUUAUGGGAAGUAAAAAAAAAUGUAGAAAAAUUCAAGGCAAUGUUAAUUGUGUGAAACAUACAUUACGAGAAUAAAAUCGAAAUUGUGUUUGUAAAAA